CUCGCUCCUUCCCCGGCCAUGGAGGGAGCCCCCGUCCUCGCCGCCGCGGCGCGCCCAGCCCAGCCCGCCUCGCUGCGGGGAAGCUGCCUGCGGAGGCUCCGCAGCCUCCUGCCCGUGGGCGCCUGGCAGGAGACCCAGGAGCUGGCCAAGAUCGGGGGGCCGGUGUUCCUAGCCCAGUUGUUGAUCUUCCUGAUCAGCGUGGUCAGCUCCAUAUUCUGUGGUCAUCUGGGAAAAGUGGAGCUAGAUGCUGUGACACUUGCUGUAUCCGUUAUCAAUGUUACUGGCAUCUCAGUCGGCUCUGGCUUAGCAUCGGCAUGCGACACCCUAAUGUCCCAGACGUAUGGCGGUAAGAACAUGAAGCGGGUGGGGACCAUCCUGCAGCGUGGCACCCUCAUCCUGCUGCUUUGCUGCUUCCCCUGCUGGGCUCUCUUCGUCAACACCGAGCAGAUCCUGCUGCUGUUCAGACAGGACCCGGAAGUCUCCAGGUUAACCCAGAUUUACGUGAUGAUCUUUAUCCCAGCCCUUCCCGCAGCGUUUCUGUACCAGCUGCAGACAAGAUAUUUACAAAGCCAGGCAAUCAUUUUGCCUCAGGUCGUGACGGGUGUUGCAGCCAAUCUCCUCAAUGUGGCCAUGAACGCCUUCUUCCUGUAUGCACUGAAGCUGGGAGUAGUGGGCUCUGCCUGGUCCAACACUGUUUCCCAAUACACCCAGGCUGUUCUCCUCUUCCUGUACGUGUGGUGGAAGAAAAUACACGUCAAGACCUGGGGAGGCUGGACCAGGGAAUGCCUCCAGGAGUGGGGGUCUUUCAUUCAGCUGGCUGUGCCCGGGAUGUUCAUGAAGUGUAUUGAGUGGUGGACCUUUGAGAUCGGGAGCUUUCUUGCAGGUCUGAUCAGCGUGGUGGAGCUGGGAACACAGUCAAUAAUCUACGAACUGUUCACUGCAGCAUACAUGGUGCCACUGGGCUUCAGCGUGGCUGCUACGGUCAGAGUUGGCAACGCCUUGGGAGCAGGCAAUGCAGAGCAGGCAAAGAAGUCCUGUAUAACAGCUCUGCUGUGCACAGGAGCGUUUGCCGUGGUGGUCGGUGCUCUACUGGGAUCCUUGAAGGACGUAGUGGGUUAUAUCUUCACCAGCGACAAAGAGAUUAUUACCUUGGUGUCGAAGGUGAUGCUGAUAUUUGCUCCCUUCCACUUGCUUGAUGCCAUAGCAGCUACGUGCGGCGGCGUGCUGGGAGGGACCGGGAAACAGAAGAUCGGUGCCAUCGCCAAUGCCAUUGGGUAUUACGUCAUCGGCUUCCCCAUUGGAAUCUCACUGAUGUUUGCUGCCAAGCUUGGGGUACUAGGCCUGUGGAUAGGGAUGGCCGUCUGCAUCUUCUUCCAAGCCCUUUCCUUCUUGAUUUUUGUCUUGCGCAUGGACUGGAAGAAAGCUGCAGAGGAGGCUCAAAUCCGAGCAGGGCUCAAAGAGCAGCCGGUAGUUGUGUCCUCCAUUCGUGCUGGAGCUGAUGAAACAGGCGAUUCAGAGUACUUCACAGUUGAAACGGACGUCCAGAAUGUGGUGGUUUUGCCUGACCCUACCUCCAGGAGUGAGAGCCAGCCAGAUCGCCAGCUCAUCCUGCAGGAGGACUCUGCACCGGCCUCCACCUCUCCAGGAGAGCACGUCUUGUCGGGGAAGGAGCUGGUGUACCGUCGCGGGCUAGCUCUGGCGGUGGCCAUUGCAGUCCUGCUAGUGGGGGUUGUAGUCCGGCUCCUGACUGGUAAUGGCUAGGCGCAGCAGUGUGAAGACUGGGAUUAGUGGACUUCGGCACAAGACCAUGGUCGGGUGCACUAGGAAGAGGCGAUGCUGGGGUGAAACAGGAGGCUCAUUCAUUCUGCUAGCACGUCAAGGACCACUUCUCUUGGCAUUAUGGUGAAGCCAGAGUGGCCUGUUUAGGACCCCUGAUUGUUCCUGUUCUAACAGAUUGGGUGAGGGCACAGCACUCAUGCAUUCAUUGCACAAUGAUGCUGAAUAGGGGAUGUUUGCUGAUCCCUUCUACAGCAGUAUGAUGGAGCCAGUAGGGCAAGUCCCCAACGCGGCUGAUGGACAGAUUGUACAACACUCGCAGGGAAUGGGUACUGAUGCUCUGACGGAGACACUCAAACAUUGCCAAUGGUUCACUGUUUCCUGAUCCUGAGGAGUAUUUGUUCAUGUCUUUUAUGUUCCACUGCUUGGUUAAAAUACAGAGUUUUCCCUGAA